AUGUUCAAAAUGGGGUCGCGUGUUGGAAUCUUUCGGUUUGCAGUGGCGACCGUUGACUUCACAGCGGCAACACCAAAAGCCAAGCUUGUGAUAGGCUACCACAAACACCUCGAUCAUAGAUUUGACGCAUUUUGUCACAAGACAAGGCGCGGCAGUUUGGAAGCUGAUUCAUUGUAUCGUGAGACCAUGUCCGAACCAGUAGCCCCUGAUGAAAAGUAA